CUUAUUUCUGAGAAAUUUUAUGAGAUGAAAGGAACGAUACCUUGGCAAUAAUUGUCUACGAAGUGUCAUAAAAAAUAAGUUCUACUUUGUUAUUUUCUGAUACUUAUAAUUAUUCUUUCAAUAGUAACAUUUAGCGGUAUGUAGGUAUACUCUACAAUGGAUAAACUAGAAGUAGAUCCUAAACUUUUUAUUACUUGUCGCUUGUGUUUGGAAGAAAUGGGCCAAUAUCAAAUUGUACCCAGUGUACAACAACAGAUAAAAUUUUGUUUUGAUUUUGAUGUUGAUCCUUUUGAUGGUUUACCUCAACUGAUUUGCAAAGGUUGUGAAUUGAUUUUGACUCAGUUUAAUUCUAUAAAGAAGAAGUACCAGGAGAAACAAAACAAUCUCAAAGCCAACAUUAAGGGAUGUGCUAUUAAUUCUACUGUUUCGCAGCAACAGAAUAUAGUUACAUCUACUGAAGAAACUGAAUCUCAACUGGACCCUAAAAAUACAUCCUCUGUUCCCAAAUCCUUUAAGUUAACAUUAAAGAGGAAGGAAAUCUUCCCUCAUGGUACUAAAACGAAUUUUGAUUCAGAAGCGGAAUCCUGCUCAUCUAGCUACUCAAUUGUCAAAAAGUCAGUGCCUGUUGCACCCAUAAAGAGCUCAAGAAAAUGGAGAAAAAAAUAUGAUAAGUUUUUUGUUUGUCGAUUUUGUUCCAAUGCAUAUAAGGAGAAAAAAAAUUUCAAGCAUAUGGAAACUCAUAAAGAUCUAUUGGAGAAAUAUUCAAACAUCAUAAAUAACUUUUCAAUAAUGAUCCCCCGUAUAGAUAAAAAGUUGAAUUUAACGGGAAUGGAAAAUACAGUAGCAAUUGAUCAUGAGAAUAUUCUGCAAAAAUAUAGUUCAGAAUACACCAUUCUCUAUAAACUUAAAUCUUCAUCUCAUACCGUUCUUGAAAAAAGAAGUUCACCAGACCAUUCUGAUGAUGAUGUUGUGAAUAAACAAAAAAGAAAGAGGUUACGAUUGGUAUCUCAGAGCUCUAAUGAGACAGUCAUUUUAGAGGGCUCUAACAAUAAAGAAGAAGUCAAUGAGCAACAACAACAAAAUGUAAACAAUGAAGAAUUAAAUCAAAAAGUUGUUGAAUGUGUUGAUAUUGAAGAUUCUUCAGAUUCAGAUGAUCAUCUGAAUGAAAAUAACUCAAAUAACAACACUGCUACUGCAUCUGCAGAGGAGCACUUUAAAGUGAAUAUAAUAAGCCACAAUAUAACAGCCUGUUAUCAAAAAUUUAUUUGCAGAAGUCAUUCUUCUGUAAAUUCUAAUAAAGAUAACCUCCUACAGCAUAAAAUACUGAGUAUGGGUAGGAAAGUAAUCAACAAAAAAAGGUUUAAUUGUAAUGGAAUAUUACGUUAUUUAGAGAAUAAACCUUUGGCUGUUCAUUGGAACAAUAAAAAAAUAGAUUUAGUUCAUAUUAGAACUAAAUUGAAAGAAAAUGUAAAGAUUAAUGAAGAUUUUGGAUGGAAAAGUCUAAGUGCGGUUACAAAAGUGAAAGAAAAUGUUUCUCUUAAUAGCUUAUUGGAAAAGGUACAUACAUUUGACAGACAUUUUUCUAUUUGUAACAUAUCCCCAUCUAGUUCAGCAACACCAGCCAUCCUAACACUUCAAAUGUCAAAUGAUAACACUUGUAAUUCGAAAAAACUCCUAAACCCUAAUCCAGUUGCCAAUCCUAAACAACUUCCGAAGAAAAGUAAUCUGCAGGAAAAUCAAAAUGUAAAAGUUAUUUCUGGUCCUCUUCCAAACAGUAGCAAUGAACUAGUUUCACACAUGCCUGUUAUAACAAGUACUGUUUCUUUAGCCGAAUUAAACACUGAAGAGAUACCAAGCGUGACAGAGACAAGGUCAGAAGAAUCUAGUAUGAAUCCUAGUACUGCAAAACCAUUUGUGCCCCGGAUAAAAGUAAAACCUGUAUCACAGUUAAUGCCAGCGAAUUCAUGUAAUAAUAUUUGCAUGAGUUCAAGUUCAAGACAAGCUACUAAUUGGAAUGUGCCUGAACCAAUAAAUGCUACUUGUGCAAUGUCCAAUAAACAAUUGCCCUUAGAGGUUCCAAUGUCAUGCAAUAAACCACAAACUAAAGAAAAUUUACUAGGAAAAGAAUAUGUGACCAUGCACACAGUUGAAAUACCAAACCAGAAAACAUCUUCGCCAUUUUUAUACUUGAAAAAUUUGCUACAAAUACACAAUUUUAUCUUGAUGAAUUCUAAUGAUGUUAUAACUAAUGAUUUCGUCUGUUUGAUAAAAUUUAAGUCUAUAUUUAACCAAGAUAAUAAAGCUGGCGUAACGCUGUGUAUGGCUUUAUUUAGUGACGCGAAACAUUUUUGUAUCAAAAUAAAGGAUGUCACAUCAGAAAUUGAUAUAAAAUCAUUGCCAUCGCAUUGGCAAUGGGAAAUACUUCAGUUAUUUAGAGGUGAAAUUGCGGAACGGUUCAUGGAAAAUGCCAAGAAAAUUAGCAAAAAACUGCAUGACGCCACAGGCUAUUUCGUAAGUUUGUUGAGGACUAUAGUGUUCCGAAAGAACUAAAAGACAUCUGUGAUUCUUACCUAUGACUAUGAUUUAUCUGGGGUAUAUAUUGGCUGUUACUGUUUUCAAGUAUUUGUAAAACAUAUUACUUGAUCUUCUGAUUAUUAUUAGUCAGUUUUAUUUUAAUUAAUGAUUUAUUGAUACGACUAAUGUACUGAAUGUGUUAAUUUCCCGUUUAUUAAAUUUGUCAUUAGUUUGUAUGUUCAAAAAUAAAUCCAAGCAAUUGAUAUAUUUUCCAACCCAAUGUUUGCAUUUAAAAUAGAUAGAAUAUUGAUUCUAUUACUUGUCUACUUUAAUAACUAGAACAUAUUGUACUUCAUUUACAUUAUUAUAUGUAGAAAUUUACUGUUAAAUUCAUCUGCUGUUCAAGAGUACUACUUAAUUUUCCAAGGUUCAAUAAAUAUAUCUAUUUAGAAGACCUAAUGGAUAAAUUAUGUGGUAUAAUACUUUAAAGUGAAAACAAUACAUCCUGCAAUAUUCCAGAUAUAUUUUGAUGUAACCUGUACACAACAUAUGGAAAAAAGUGAUAUAGUCUUAUUACAAAAUAA